UUAGUUCUGUCUUUUUUAAUUGAACAAAAGAUUGCCAUUCCGAGUAGGCUACUCUUUCCUAUGAUGUAUGCUGUUGAUAUUCGGGUGGCUACCUGUGACCUUCACUUGGGAUACCGAGUAUUUUUCAUAGUUGUAUUCUGCUGCUAUGUGACUCAAUAUAUAUGCCGUAAUAUAGAGUAAAAAACAGACCGUAAAAACUUCCUGUUAACGCACUGGAAUGCCGCUUCCACAUUCGUUGUAAUUUCAUUGUGUUGGAUACCUGUAUCAUAAACGUCAAUCACAAGAAUAUUUGGGAAUGGGAAGACUGGAGUACCGCUUUGAUUUUUUUUACCCGGUGCAGGAUGAUGCGGCAAAACAUGGCCAGACUGGUGGCGGCAACUUGUCGGCAUGCCUGCCAAGGGAACCGACAGAUUCUACAGCCGCGGGUUUUGAGCAUCGCACACGCUGCUUUCUCCAGUGAGCCCAGCGUUCCGUUGAAACCCGCGUCAGUGGCGCUACUCAGCCGUCUUCGCUGCCCCACACAUCCCGGGAGCUUAGCGCCGCGGAGGGCUCUAAGCUCAAACAGGCCCGGAUGGUACGAAAGUAUGGCGGAUUCCACGCCGGUGCAUCUGACCGAGCAGUUGCUAGUCACUAUGCAGCAGACGACGGGGCUACCGUGGUGGGCCAGCAUCAUCGGCACCACCCUGGCGCUGCGGACCGUCAUCACUCUCCCGUUGGGGGCCUAUCAGAUGGUCAUAAUAGGAAAGGUCGAGGCUCUGCAGGCGGAGAUUGCGGAGUUGGCGAAACGCCUGCGCUACGAGGUCUCUGUGCGGGGCAAGCAGCUGGACUGGUCAGAAAAAGUCUGCCGGUACCAGUUCAAAAAGAACUUGCGGCGGAUCGUUUCGGAGCUGUAUGUGCGGGAUAACUGCCACCCCUUCAAGGCCAGCCUGCUGGUGUGGGUGCAGCUGCCCAUGUGGGUGUGCCUCUCCCUGGCUCUGCGAAACCUCAGCCUGGGCACGGCAGACUCCACACAGGCUCUGCAGGGAGAGCUGGCAGUAGGGGGCGCUCUCUGGUUUCCAGACCUCACUUUGCCUGACAGCACCUGGGUCAUGCCUGUGUGCUUGGGGCUGGCUAACCUCCUCAGCGUGGAGAUAUUUGCACUGCGGCGACUAGAAGCCUCAAAGCUUCAGAAGUACGUGACCAACUUCAUUCGUGGAAUUUCCCUGGUGAUGAUCCCUCUUGCAGCCACUGUUCCCUCCUCAAUGGCCCUGUACUGGCUGAGCUCCAGCUGCGUGGGGCUGUUCCACAACCUGCUCCUGCGCUCCCCCCGAUUCCGUCGGCUCUGCCGAAUCCCGCCGACGCGGUCCGACUCGGACACGCCCUACCGCGACAUCGCCACCGCCUUCGUCGCCAAGUACCUGAAAUAGAGCCUGGAGCCCAGGCUCUGCUCAUGCAAACGGGGGUUGUGAGUUUGAAUCUGACACCUUUGCUGUGCCCUUGAGUAGAAGGCCAAAGCCUCUGUGUUCCAAAUGGCUCCCCACGGUGUACACGUUGUGGCCUUUGCUUUGUGAGUCACCCUGCCCUGGAUAAGAUAGCCUGGUCUCUGAAGACUCACUCAGGCCAUUUGCCAUUGGCUGUGCGAUUCCACUUCCUGACCAACAGGGGUCCCCAGCACUCCUAUAGACCCACAGAGAAACAGUCACGAGGCAUCAGUUAUUUCACUACUUGACUCUGUAUGAGCUGAGGAAAGUGUACUGCCACCACCAGUCAACCAGUGGUGGUCAAUUGUCUGCGAUGACUUACCAGCCCAGGAGGCAGGCAGCAUCCUCAAACUACGCUGAAGACUCGCCCAAUGGGACAUGAAGAGAGGUGGGGCAGAACUGCUAGUCUGUCAUGUACCUCUGUGCCCCUAACUCACAGGUACCAGCCUGUACUCUCCUCAGUAGAGACCAGAAUUAUUUGUUUAUGAAGCCCCUGCUGAUGUGUGUCCUAUUGACAGAGUAGCUGUUGGAUUAAAGUGGCUCCUGAUAGCCUAGUGCUAUUUAUCUUUUUAGUUGUUUGCUAUUCUCCACUCAGGCAAGAAAAAAUACCUCCCUGAAAGAAUGUUACUUUAAUUUGCAUCUAGAAAGUCGAGGCCUAUUAAAAAACUGCAAAAAAUCAUAAUUUCCACGUUAACGUAAUUAAAAGAAAACUAUUUGUCGUCUUUUGUGAAAUACUGUAAAAACUGUAAAACAAGUAUUGGAAAUUUAUGUCUUAAAAUUAUAUUGCUGUCUGUCUCCAAAAGGCUAUUCCUGAAUCAUAAAGGUUAUGAGGAGAUGAGAGAUAAAAAAAUAAAAAAAACUUGAUGGUA